AUGGUUGAACCCCGCCCCCCGGAACGAGUUAGUCAGAAAAGUGAUACCGACGAUGAAAAUGAACGUCUUAUUGAUAUGGCUCUUGAAGAGGGGCGAAAUGCUCUGAAACAAGUCGAGGACGGAGCAUCAACGGGAUCUGGUGGAUGGACACCACGCCCUUAUGAUAGUCCGUUACAUGGUAUUGAUCUCGACGGUGAUGCCAAGCAAAUCUUCUAUAAACACUUUGAACGGAAAGCUGCUGGGAUAGAUGUGAAUAUUUCGGUGCAGGAACGAAAGGAUUUCCAAAAUCCAUCUAGCUAUGAACAAUUGAUUCUUAAUUUCGGAAUCAAUGAAGUCGCCGAGGAUCAACGAAAAUAUAUGGAUAGCUUGAAUGCUGCCAAGCACUCGUCAAAGCAUGCAUCAGGAGCAGCGAAACAUGCACCGGGAGCUACGAAAACCGCUCCGGGAGCAGCGAAGUCUUCUGCAGGAGCAAGUCAUUCGUCGGCGCAAUUGCGAAGAAAAAACCAUGAACGUGUUCAAUACAGUACAAAAGUCAUUUCUCUUGAAGUAAUAGAUUUAUUUGUUAUGUGUUGUUGA